CACUUCCAUUUGUUGUUGCUUCAUAAAAUUCACUUGAUGAAUAUUCAUACUACCCUAGGCUAGUGAUACGUAGAGUCUAUCUUGAAAUCGGCUUUGCAGUGUGAGGCCUUGGACAUACAAGUCGCAUUGUAUAGAGAUUAUCAUCAAAGAUGUCAACUUUUCAACUUCCAAUUAUCGAUUUAUCGAAAUCCAAAACUAAUCGAGAUGAACUAUCGAAACAGAUAAUCGAAGCACUUGAAAAUGUUGGUUUUCUUUAUAUCGAUAAUGUAGAAGGGAUCGAUUUUGAGAAAAUGUUUCGGUGUUGUAAGUGGUUCUUCAACCAGCCAAUAGAAAAGAAACGAAAAAUAAUGCGAAACUUCUGGAAUCCGGACAGUAAAAAUAUUUAUAGAGGGUACUUUCCAGUUGUCGAAGGUGAACCAAGUAGAAAGGAAGGCUUUGAAUUUGGACGUGACGUUUCUAUAGACAAUAAAUCCAUAAAUCCGGAAAACUGGUUCUAUGAACGCACUCCGUGGCCUGAAGAAGAUGGAACAUUUCCAUUCAAGGAAUUUAUGCAGGCUCAAUACGAAGUAGUGCAUUCAGCAGCCAUGGAAAUUUUGCGUCUCACUGCAAACGGACUUGGCGUGGAAGAAACAGCUUUUAUUCAUCUUUUUCAGGAGAAUCCGUGCAGUACUUUCCGCAUGAUGCACUACCCGCCAUGGGACGGACCGCCACCGAAAAAUGCGCGUAUCGAAGAUGGUAAGAUUCUCACAACACCCGACCAUUCUGACAGUAAUUUUCUUACACUUCUUUGUCUUUUCAAUUAUGAAGGACUAGAAGUUGUUGGUCCAGAUGGAAAUUGGAUACCGGUAGCGCCACGUGAAAAUAGUUUCGUCAUGAACAUCGGUGACCUUUUUUCACGGAUGAUGAAUGGUCGCUUUAAAGCCACGCGACAUCGUGUGUUAGAUAUAGGAAUCGACCGAUAUUCUGUUCCUUUCUUCCUUGAACCUGCAUAUGAAAGUGAUAUUGGUGUUAAUUACAUGUCACAGUACAUAAAAGGUGGUCCAGAACAUGUUCCUGAAAAAUAUGGCCAUUACAUGGUAAAUAUGGUCAAGUAUGUCCGCAAAUAUUUCGAAUACAAAGUCCUACCAGACUUUGAAAAUGUGAAAGAAAAAUAUUAUGGUAAAGGACAAAAAGACAUAUAAAUUAGUGUUUUUGUUAUUAAUUGAGUAAGCGAAUACGAAUUUAAAAGAAUAAUGUAAUGUAAAAUGGUAUUUUUAUAUAAGAUGCUAGUUUUUCUAUUUAAUAAUUUACUAGUACUCAAUUUCAACAUAGAAGAAAAAACAAAUAUGUGAUUGAAUGUCAAAUACAGUUGUAAAGUUAUAAAUAUACUAUUAGUUUGAUAGUUCGAUCUUGGCAUACAGUGACUAAGAUUAUUAUCACUUAUCAUAAAUAAAUAAAAUUGAUAAAGUGAUCCGAUCUGGUUUUCGAACUAUGAACUUUUCGAACCAGAGCAAGUCCAAACAGACAAGAGAAGCCUACGUGUUAGUUCCUCAUCUUCAAAUAUGUACUAUAUAUCAUAUGCACUAUUAUAUCAUGUAUGCACAUCAUCAUAGAUUAAUUGUGUGACCGAAGACACAUGUCACAAUAAUACAUCGUGAAUUCAGAUUUUAUUAAUGGGUUUGUCAUUCCGUACAUAUUGUUGUCCCUUAUGACUAAUAUUGACAGUUGCAAGCAAGUUAUUUAUUUUUUUGCAUUUUUAAAACAUCGAUCCUGACAAUAAUAUUUUAUUAACGAA